AUGGAGCAUCGUCCUCUCCCUCACCACUCUCCCGCAAUACGCCGAUAUGUCCACGAAACAGAUUCCUGCCUGUACGCCCGAAUAUCCGCAGCCGACGGUUCUGACCGAGAGCGAUUCUACGUCGACUACCAUGAACCCCAGCUUCACACCGUUCAGCAAGAAGUCUCCCGUCGAAAACCAAGCGAGGUCGAGCGAUUCCCAUUCCUCUGUGUUUUCCAUUUCGCAGGCUGCGAUAAGAAGUUCGAGAAUAAAAGAGACUGGAAGGACCAUGUUGUGUCCCAGCAUCUGAAACUCGACCGAGUGCUCUGGGAGUGUAAUGAACCUGGCUGCACGCACACCGAGCGCACUCGCCGGCAGAGGCACCUACCGGCCAAGGAUAAAACCCUACGAUUAAAGGACUACAACGGUACAGGUACACUCUUCGCCAACAAACACGAUUUCCGAACGCAUCUCAUCAAUCACCACCGACCGACCAAGCUGCACGAUGAUAACAAAGACAUAAAAUGGGUUUUAGAUGCAGAGGUGCAAUGGCUCCUAGACCGUCAAGACUCGUCGAUGCGCAUGGUAUGUGGCCUGCCUCAAGAGCUUGCCUGUCCAAUGCCCCAGUGCGCGUGGGUGCAGUUUGUCGGUCCUACGGCUUGGGAUCAACGGCUCAAUCACGCUGCUGAACACUUUCUUGCCAACCCACAAUGCUUGGAUGUUUUUGGUGGCGAGAUGGAUGCUGAGCUUGUACGAUGGGCAUCCAGCGAUGAGGUCGGCAUCCAUAAAAUGACGCCAAGUUGUCGCCUUCAACAACACGACUGCACCAAAUCGAUCGCAGACAGUGGCUAUAGUAGCAUGCCUGGUAUACUACCUCAACCGAUCCUGUCACAGCCGGGUGAUUCGUCCCCCAUGGUGCCCUCUAAGAUCCCAGAGUGGACGAACGAUGCUACAUUCCGUUACCGCUGCAUGUACUCCAGUGCAAUGCCUCGCGGUAUUGGAGGUUGGGUUGAAGAUCAUGAGGAUCUGGGACCUUUGAUUGACGAAGAAAGCAGUUCUUCAGCAUACCAGUCUUUCCAGGAAUUACUCUCCCAGUACGAGUCCGUGGAAGAUAAUAGUACCCUCAAUACAUCCCAAGACUCGAACUCUGGUGAUGAGUCUGAUGGAACGCCCGGUGAUAAUGCGGAGACGGCGGCUGUUAUGCAAUGGUUCCAUGGGUGGCUUCGGCAAUGGCUGGCGCCUUUAACACAAGAGAGACCCAGUGGAAAUGCUAGCAGUCAAAACACCGCUUCUCAAAGCCAAACUGACUCUGGUUCCAGUACGCAGAAGAAGAAGGGAACUGGCCGACCUCGCCGUGUCCCAAAGCGAAAGAGAAGCAAUGACGGCGAAGACGACGGCAAUGAGGAGAGCCCCAAAUCUCAACGUGUUGAUGGAGGUUCAGAAACGCGAAUGUUUGCCUGUCCAUACUUCAAGCGCAAUCCUCGCAAGUAUGGUCAGCCCAAAUGGAAGAGCUGUGCACAUCCCGGCUAUCGGGACAUCCAUCGAGUAAAAGAGCAUAUGUAUCGCAGACACUCAUUGCCCGAGUACCAAUGUCGGCGCUGUCGCGUGGAUCUCAAGACUUCCGAGGCCCUUGAAGUGCAUUCACAACAACUGCAGGCAUGCACUCCAAGCGUCGGCAAUCAGGAUGGAUUGAACCAAGAGCAGGUCAAGAGGAUGAGGAGUAAGAAGGGUGCAGGGAAGAACAAAAACGAGGUGGAGAGGUGGAACGACGUUUACUCCAUUGCGUUUCCUUAUGAUCAGGAUACACCCAGUCCUUAUCUCUACGAUACUGACCAAGAUAAAAGUGCUAGGGAGUUCAAUCUCUGUCACGAGUUCGGUCGUUUCUUAACGCGAGAGUUACCGCCGCUUGUUGGAAGACACCUCAACACUGUUGGAUGCCCAUUGCCUGAGACCAUACAAGAUGACAUUGAGAAAUUGGUGAAACGGCUCGUUCCUCAAUUGCAGAGCUCUUUCUUGGAAAAGAUAGGCUUUUCGACGCGCGUUGCUAGCGAACAGCCGGACAAUGGAUCUGUAACGAACGAUGGAACCAGCUUCGUGGAGUCUACAACAACUAGGCAUACCUCUGAAGACUCGGCGACGACGUUGCAACAAGAGAGCACAUCUGAAGAUCCAGCGACAAGAUCUCCAACAGGAAGCACCUCUGAAAAUUCAACGUCCAUGUUUCCGACGAGCAAUGACACUGGAGGCUUGACAACAAUACCACAGACUGUGUACAACACUACAGGCCCGAUACUGCCGAAUGAGAAUUUCUUUGAGCAAGGCAUGAUGGUCCCGACGUCUCAGGCAAUACCACCAUAUUUUACACCAACAAUACAGGAUUGGCAGGCUUUCUAUCAGUUUGGCCUUGACCCAAAUCUUCCUUUGGGGUUUGGUGGAAUAAAUACUUCUUAA